CUUUUGUCACCUCUUCCUGGAUUCCUCCAGGUUGGGCAUUUGAUCUCCCAUGAUGCCAUUUAUUGAGGAUUUGCACUUUGAUGUAAGCCGGGAUUUCUAGAUCAGAGGUGUCUCCUUACAUUGUCACUCUAUUGCUGCUGUCCCCUUGUAAAUACACUUGGAACGGGAGAAUUUGGACCAGUCUGUUGAGUAGACGUACUUCCCCAAAAUGAUGCAUUUUAAAAGUGGGCUCGAAUUAACUGAGUUACAAAACAUGACAGUUCCUGAGGAUGAUAACGUUAGCAAUGAUUCCAAUGACUUCACGGAAGUGGAAAACGGUCAGAUCAAUAGCAAGUUUAUUUCUGAUCGUGAAAGUAGAAGAAGUCUCACAAACAGCCAUAUGGAAAAAAAGAAAUGUGAUGAAUAUAUUCCAGGAACAACCUCCUUAGGCAUGUCUGUUUUUAACCUAAGCAAUGCCAUUAUGGGCAGUGGGAUCUUGGGACUCGCCUUUGCCUUGGCAAACACAGGAAUCCUCCUUUUUCUGGUUCUUUUGACUUCAGUGACGUUGCUGUCUAUAUACUCAAUAAACCUUCUAUUGAUCUGUUCAAAGGAAACAGGCUGCAUGGUUUUCGAAAAGCUGGGCGAACAAGUGUUUGGUACUGCAGGGAAGCUGGUGAUUUUUGGCGCCACCUCCUUACAGAACACUGGAGCCAUGCUGAGCUACCUCUUCAUAGUGAAAAACGAGCUGCCCUCAGCCCUGAAGUUUCUCAUGGGAAAAGAAGAGGCAUUUUCAGCCUGGUAUGUGGAUGGCCGCAUUCUGGUGGUAAUAGUUACCUUUGGCAUCAUUCUCCCUCUGUGUCUCUUGAAGAACUUAGGGUAUCUGGGCUACACCAGUGGAUUCUCCUUGAGCUGUAUGGUUUUUUUCCUGAUAGUGGUUGUAUAUAAGAAAUUUCAAAUUCCCUGCAGCGUUUCAGAGCUCAGUCCAACAAAUCUAACAAGUGCUAAUUUAACAAAUUAUGACGCAUGUACGCCAAAAUAUGUUACCUUCAAUUCAAAGACUGUGUACGCUCUACCAACGAUUGCGUUCGCCUUUGUCUGCCACCCAUCCGUCCUGCCCAUUUACAGUGAGCUGAAAGAUCGAUCACAGAAGAAAAUGCAGAUGGUUUCAAACAUCUCCUUUUUCGCCAUGUUUGCUAUGUACUUCUUGACAGCCAUUUUUGGCUACUUGACAUUCUAUGGAAGCGUGCAUUCAGACCUCCUGCACAACUACCAGAGUAAAGGCGACAUCCUCGUGCUGACCGUGCGUCUGGCGGUCAUCGUCGCUGUCAUCCUCACGGUGCCUGUGUUAUUUUUCACAGUUCGUUCGUCUUUGUUUGAACUGGCCAAGAAAACGAAGUUUAACUUAUGCCAGCACAUCGUGGUCACCUUGGUCCUCCUGGUCAUCGUCAACUUGUUGGUCAUCUUCAUACCCUACAUGGAGGACAUCUUCGGCGUCGUGGGAGUAACGUCUGCUAAUAUGCUGAUUUUCAUCCUCCCUUCAUCUCUCUACCUAAAAAUUACAAACCAGGAUGGAGACAAGGGAACUCAGAGAAUUUGGGCUGCCCUUUUCUUGAGCCUGGGCGUGUUGUUUGCGCUGGUCAGCAUUCCGUUGGUCAUCUAUGACUGGGCCUGCUCGUCGGGCAGAGGCAAAGGCCACUGAGGCCAGCCCUGAAGAGGAAGCCCUCCGGUCCGCUGCUCAGUCGCACCGCAUCAGCACCCAGCAGCCACCCUCAUCACGUCUUUUGCGAGUUUACAGAAGCCAAGAGAAAUCCACAAGAUCCGUACAACUGAACAACGCUUUGGAUUUUUAAAAAGGAUCAGAAAGGAAAAACAAACACCAACAACAAAACAGGGAACUGUUUCCAUAAUGAUUCAUGUCCCUUUGAGAUGUGGGAUCGAUUGAAGGUUUUUUGUUUUGUUUUGGUUUUUAUUCUCUCCAAAUUUCAUGCACUCGUGUUUCUGCGGAC